AUGGCCUCUGCAAAGAAGGUUGCUGAGAAGCGGCAUAACCCCGUGGAAAGCAUCUGUAGAAAACUGCGAGCCAUCCAAAAGAGAGAAGACAUUUCUGAUCCCAUCCGACAGAUUAUCAAAUACCAGUCUAGCAGUUUUGACAGCCCGCAGACUAACCCCAAGAAGGAUUUUGAAGAGGUGCUGAAGAAAAUGAUGGCAGCUCACAUCCCUCUGCCCGACACGCUCUUCUCGAGUCCUGAGAAAGAUGGCGCCUUCGCUUCCCAGUCUCAGAUAGUGUCUCCAAGAACCCCAUCCAUUUCUCAUCUCAGCUCUCCUGAGAAGGCAACAUACCCACUUAUCCUCACAGGUUCUGAAAAUAUCUCAAGGCCAAGAUCACAGAGCUCCCAGAAUUAUACAUCUUUGAUGCCGCAGAUCACAAAAAGGGAGCUCUUUGCUGACAAGGAUUUGACUAACUGUUGUAGUGGAAAUGAUUUUAGUACCUUAGCACUUGACUUUGAUUCCACCUCUGAUCAGAGCUCUACUCCUCAGGAUUCUGUGGUGAAAAAAUUAUCUCCGAAAGAAGAGGGGUGGAAACAAGGAACUGAUGAUGGCAAGGAAGAUGUAACCUAUAGCAGCAACAGGACCUAUGAAGAAGAGUUGCUUAGGAGUAUUUUUAACAUAUGUGACUCCAAACGCAGAGGCUUAGUCAGAGUCACCAAAAUAAUAGAUUAUCUGAGACAGACAACUAAUCAAGGUUCUGAAGAUGAUGGCCUUGAGGAGCUGUGGAUCAUGCUUGAUCCUGGAAAGAGAGAUGUACAUGUGAACCUGGAAACCUUCCAGGCCACUGUGAAGGAAUGGAUGAUGGCUUACUGCAGAAACAAAUGGGAAGGAGAGAAUAGUGGAUCAAGCAGCAGAAUGGUUAAUUCUGCUUUUGAACAGGACAGCAUAAAAUCAUGUGAAGCAAUUAAGAUGACCACAGAUAUAACAGAUUCUUCAUCAUGGAACUUCAAGGGGUUGGGUGGAGACUUGCCUAAAGGAGUCUUAGAGGUGCCUGAUUUGAUUACCUAUAUAGCAGACCUGCAUUUCAACAAGCAGAAGUUGGAAGAGGAAAAUAAUAAAUUGAAAUUGGCAUUGGAAAACUUGGAAGAAGGAAACAGAGAGUUAUCAGAGGACUGUACUGAACUGCGCCUUCAGGUAAAAAGUGCCCACCAGGCUAUUAUGAGAACAAACCUGUUAAAAGAAGAACUGGAGGAACUGAAAAUUAGUAUGAAUGCUUCAGAAGAGCAGAAGACCAUGAUUGUAGCCCAGAACAAACAGUUAGAGACAGAAAACCGGGCUCUGAUUCUUAAGAUUCGGAUUCUCCAAGAAGAGAAUGCUAAGAACAUUAUGGAUAUAUAUAAAUUGGAAGAGAAGAUUGAGGACUUGUCUAAGACUGAGAAAGAGCACCAAAUGCAGUUACACAUGUAUGAAAACACUUUGCUUAAUAUAGAUGCAAGUUUACAGAAGAAGGAUGUAAGUAUAGAAGAGCUUAAAUCAACGAUCAUAGAAUAUGGAAGCAUUAUUGAGAACUUACGAGGGGAGAAAAACAAGCUGGCUCAAGAGUUACAGCACGUACAACAGGAAUUCAUGAUAAACAGAAUGCAGUUAAAUGUCGGUGGAAAGCAUAAGAGUUUUGACUCUGAAGAAGUAAAAUCUCUACACUGUGAACUCAUUCUUGCUCAGUCUGCAGAGAACAAUGAAACUGAGUGGCAGUGCAGUGUAAUCCGCUUGUCACCUCUGGACUUGAUAAUGGAAGAAGAAAUGCCGCUGUUACUGAGACAACUUGAAGAAAACGGAGUGGAGUUCACAGCUGCGCUUCAGAAUCUGCAUGAAGAUGUUUCUGAAGUUGAAACACUAAUUGAUCAUUUUCUGCAGUGGGUAACUAAUCCAGAGAUUACUGUGAAAGAACAGUGGGAGAACAAACUUACUGAAUUCAGAUAUAUCAUGGAGGAGAAGCUAAAUCUUUGCAUCUUAACACUGAACAACUUGAGAAACCAUAAAGAAUCCCUUGAUAAAGGGUUUGCCAAAUUAAUAGACAUUUUGAAGAGAUUCAGGCUGGAAUAUUUUUAUUUCAGAAAAGAAUUUCUUUCCAGGCAGAAACAACUAGAAACCAUCACACAACGGCAAAAGGUUGGUGUCAAGCAGGAAGCCAUCUUCAGGAAGCAGGUCCAAGAAGCCAGCCAGUGGUUGGAGGAGGCAGAGAAGCAGGUGGAGGAUGGAGAUGGGGCAGCCCACUCUGCCGGGGAAGAAGCGAAGCCUUCACUGCAUAAAUUAGAGGAAGCAAUUUCAGAUCAACGAAAUCUCCAGACUAUAAAUACCGAGUUAGUGAACACUUGCCAGACACUUGGGCAGAAGACAAGAAAACCGAAAACAACAAUUCAGCCACUAAGAAAGAACUUAGUUAAAGGACAACUCCAUGGCUUGCUGUUUCAGAGCUGUUUAGAUGAGGAAUUUCCUCACUGUGAUCCCUUGUCCUGCACAGAAAGAAUUCACCAAUUUCUCCAGGAACAGCUGAAGCAGCAUUGCCAUAAAAGAUAUAGUGGUCCAGAAGCAAGUAUACAUCAGCUACCCUUGGCCUUCAAACACACAUGCUGGUACACACCUCUGCUGGAUGCCUUGCAUCUGGAUAGUCUUUCAGCAAUUCCAAGGCUAGAAUUGACACCUUUCUCAUGUGUGGCCAACCUAAUCCAUGCUUCACGUGAAAGGCCCAGAUAUGAAGAAAUAGAGGAUGGUGCUUUGGCUGUGACUGAAAGACACAAGUGUCCUGGCCCUUCAGCUGGUCUCCACCCAGGAACAGAUCUUUCAGGUUGCAUCAGGAUGAAUAAUGACCUAAGUAUGGAAGAGAAUGGUGUUGAAUACUUAUGUUCUGAGAGCCAGCCCCAAUCCAGGGAAUAUUCGACCCUACCAUCUCCUGGUCAUACUUCAUCCACAGAGAGUACUGUAACGUCAAGUGAUUCUGGAUCAGAAAUUUUGCAUAUGGCUUCGGGUGACCUUGACUGUAAACCACUCUGUGAGAAAGAGGAAGAUAAAAGAUCAGCUUCUGCUAUGACAGAGAUCCAAGGCAGAAGUCCAGCUCCUGAAAAAAUUGAACCCCAAGGCUCUGUGAGUGAAGAAAAAAGCAUGUUGAUUCAGGAAGCCAAAAGGGAGCCAGAAACAAUAGAUGAGCACAGAAAGGAAUGUGCCGCGAGAGGUGCUGCUCUUUCCUCUCUUCCUGUGAAGUCGGUUAACUUUAGACAAAGUGACAACACUUCUGCUAAUGAGAAGGAGGUAGAGGCCGAAUUUCUCAGAUUAUCUUUGGGAUUUAAAUGUGACUGGUUCACCUUGGAGAAAAGAGUGAAGCUUGAAGAAAGAUCCCGUGACUUGGCCGAAGAAAAUUUGAAGAAAGAAAUCACUAACUGUUUAAAACUGUUAGAGUCUUUAACAUCUCUUUGUGAAGAUGACAGCCAGGCCCAGGAAAUCAUUAAGAAGCUGGAGAAGAGUAUAACGUUCCUCAGCCAGUGUACAACACGAGUGGCCAGUAGGGCUGAGAUGUUGGGAGCCAUUAAUCAGGAAAGCCGGGUUAGUAAAGCGGUUGAAGUGAUGAUUCAGCAUGUAGAAAAUCUGAAGAGGAUGUAUGCCAAAGAGCAUGCUGAAUUAGAAGAACUGAAACAGGUUCUUUUGCAAAAUGAAAGGUCUUUUAACCCUCUUGAAGAUGAAGAUGACUGCCAAACUAAAAAACGUUCUUCUUCUGUAAACUCUAAGCCAUCUUCUCUUCGAAGAGUGACCAUUGCCUCUUUGCCCAGAAAUAUUGGAAAUGCAGGAAUGUUGGCUGGGAUGGAAAAUAGUGACCGAUUCAGUAGGAGGUCAAGCAGUUGGCGUAUUUUGGGGUCAAAGCAGAGUGAACACCGUCCCUCAUUACAUCGAUUUAUUAGCACCUAUUCCUGGGCAGAUGCUGAAGAAGAAAAGUGUGAACUAAAAACUAAAGAUGACUUAGAACCACCUGAAGAAGAAACAGUAGAAAAGACAAGAAAGUCAAGUCUUUCUGAAAAGAAAACUAAUCCAUCAAAAUGGAAUGUCUCUUCAAUUUAUGACACAUUAGCUUCCUGGGCAACAAACUUCAAGACUUCCCUCAGAGAGGCCAACAAGGCGCUCUGGCUUUCUGUGGCAUUCAUUGUACUGUUUGCAGCGCUGAUGAGCUUCUUCACAGGCCGAUUUUUCCAGAAGCCCGUGGACGCUGCCCCCACACAGGAUGGGGACCCCUGGAUGUCUCUAGAACACAUCUUGUGGCCAUUCACCAGACUCCGACACAACGGGCCCCCGCCAGUGUGACUGCAGCACAUCCUAAUGUGUGUAUCUUGAUUUUUAAAGUUUCAGUAUCUGAACUUUGUACAUUAGUAACUUUUAGCUGGGAAAUUACAGAAUGGAACCAGAGGUUCUCAGAAUGACUGUAAGAUAUUUUAUAUUCCCUCUUUUUGUGAUUACCUUCCUAAAUGCAGUGGGGAGGAAGCCUACUUAUAUGAUUUUUUAAUGAGCUUUCUGAGGAGGAGAUAUUAUUGUUUGUUAAAAUUUAUUGAAAUAAAGAACCAUUCAAAUCUGUGAA